AUGUCGCGAACCACAGGUGUUGACGACGACGAUCACCCGUGCGUGGUGGGUGUGGCAUGCAGGGUGCCUGGCGCAUCGUCGCCCUCCAAGCUGUGGGACAAUGUCAUGAACAAGGUGGACGUCCAGGGCAAGAUGCCGGCCGAUCGUUUCAACGUCGAUGCCUUCUAUCACCCGGAUGGGACGCACAAGGGCUCGACCAAUGCCAGAUAUGGCUACUUUCUCGACCAGGACAUUGGGCUGUUUGACGCGGGCUUCUUCAACGUGUCGGGCAAGGAGGCCGCCGCCAUGGAUCCCCAGCAGCGUCUGCUGCUCGAGGUCGUCUACGAGGCGCUCGAGGAUGGCGGCAUCACGCUGGAGCAGGUCCGGGGCUCGCAGACGUCCGUGUACUGCGGCAGCUUCACCAACGACUACAACGCCAUGACGACCAAGGACCUGGAGCACUACCCCAAGUACACGGUGACGGGGACGGGCAACUCGAUCCUGGCGAACCGCAUCUCGUACUUUUACGACCUGCACGGCCCGAGCGCGACGGUCGACACGGCGUGCUCGUCGUCGCUCGUGUGCUUCCACAUGGGCGCCCAGUCGCUGCGCGCGGGCGAGGCCGACCUGGCCAUUGUCGUCGGCUCCGCGCUGCACUUCGACCCCAACAUCUUCAUCACCAUGACGGACCUCGGCAUGCUGUCGACCGACGGGCGGUGCCGCCACGGCGACGCGGCGGCCAGCGGCUACGUGCGCGGCGAGGGCGUCGUCGCCGUCGUCCUCCGGCGUCGCGCCCAGGCCGAGGCCCAGGGCGACGACAUUCGCGCCGUCGUCCGCGGCACCGGCGUCAACCACGACGGCCGCAAGCAGGGCAUCACGCUGCCGUCCGCCGAGGCCCAGGCGGCCCUGAUCCGGAGCACGUACCGCCAGGCCGGGCUGGCGCCCGCCGACACGUCCUACGUCGAGUGCCACGGGACGGGCACCAAGGCGGGCGACCCCCGCGAGCUCCGGGCCAUCGGCGACGUCUUUUGCGCCCACCGGAGGGAGAGGCGCCUGCUCGUCGGCUCCGUCAAGACCAACAUUGGCCACCUCGAGGGCGCCUCGGGCCUCGCGGGCAUCCUCAAGGCCACGCUGGCCCUGCAGCGCGCCACCAUCCCCCCCAACAUGCACUUCCACUCGCCCAACCCGGACAUUGACUUUGACGCGCUGCAGCUGCGCAUCCCCACCGAGCCCGUCGCCUGGGUGCAGGACGAUCCCACCGUGCCGCGUCGCGCGUCCAUCAACUCCUUUGGGUACGGCGGCACCAAUGCCCACGCCAUCCUCGAGGAGUACACGCCCCCGUCCUCGUCCUCGUCCUCGUCCUCGUCCUCGUCCUCGGGGGACAGAAGGCCGAUCCCCCCGCACCUGGUGGACAUGACGCGCAACAGACCCUACCUCGUCGCGCUCUCGUCGCACUCGGACAGGGCGGGCAAGCUGAUGGCGGCCAAGCUGUGUGCCUACCUCCGGAGCGCCACGGGGGCCCAUGUGCAGCCGAGCGAGCUGGCCACGGCCCUCGCGGCGCGGCGCACGAUGCAUCGCUUUCGAUCCUUUGCCCUGGGCGUCGACCGGACGUCCCUGCUCGCGAGUCUCGAGGCGCCCCCGCCGGCGGCGCAGUGGAGGAGCAAGCUGGACAGCGCGCGGCCGCGCCUCGGCUUCGUCUUCACGGGGCAGGGGGCGCAGUGGCACGGCAUGGGCCGGGCGCUCCUCGAGCAGUGUCCGCUGUACCGGCAGACGCUCGAGCGGUGCGAUGCGGUCCUGCAGGCCCUGGGCGACACGGAGCGGCCGAUGUGGCGCAUCGUGGACGAGCUGCGGCGCGGCCAGGACGACACGAGGCUGGGGCGGACCGAAUUCUCGCAGCCCAUCUGCACGGCCGUCCAGCUGGCGCUCGUCGACGUGCUGGCCGCCUGGGGGAUCCGACCCGCCGGCGUCGUGGGCCACAGCAGCGGCGAGCUGGCGGCCGCCUACGCCGCCGGCCUCCUCUCCUUCGAGAACGCCCUCGUGGCCGCCUACUACCGAGGCGUCCACAUGGGCAGCGGCGCGGCGGCCCCCGGCAGCACGCCCGGCGCCAUGAUGGCCGUGGGCAUGACCGAGGCCGAGGCCGACGCGCUCCUGGCGCCCUACGAGGGACGCGUGGCCGUGGCCGCCAUGAACAGCCCCUCGAGCUUCACCCUGUCGGGCGACGAGGAUGCCAUUGUCGAGCUGCAGGAGGCGCUCGGUGCGAAAAAGGUGUUUGCCAGGCGUCUGCAGGUGGCGCAGGCGUUCCACAGCCAUCACAUGGUGCCCCUGGCGUCCGGCUACGAGGCCGCCCUCGCCGCGCAUCCGGGCUUCAAGGCAGCCAGACGGCCGGCCGCCGCCGCCGCCUCCAUCAUGAUGGUGUCCAGUGUCACGGGCCGGGACGCGGAUCCGGCCACCAUGGGCCCGGGCUACUUUGCCGCCAACAUGACGGGCAUGGUCCGCUUCUCGGACGCGCUGACGGGCAUGGUCCUCGACGAGGAGGACCAGCCGCGCAUCGAUGUGUUGGUCGAGGUGGGCGCGCACCCGGCGCUCAAGGGGCCCUCGAACCAGACCCUGAGCCAGCUCAAGCUCAACCUGCCCUACCUGGGCACGCUGGACCGCAAGCUCGACGCCUACGAGAGCCUCCUGACCACCGCGGGCGCGCUCUUUGCUCUCGGCUACCCCGUGGAUCUGGCGAGCGUCAACCGGGACUACUGCGUCCUUGAUGCGGGACAUGAACGCACGACGAUGCCUCCUCCUCGGUCCACGCGCAGGCUGGAGCUGCCCACCUACGCCUGGGACCACCACGAGAGAUACUGGGGCGAGACGCGGGUCAUCCGGGAGCACCGGCUGCGCCCGUUCCGCCAUGGCCUCCUGGGCUCGCCUGUGCCGGGUGCCCUGGCCAGCCGUCCGCGCUGGAGAAAGCACCUCCGCGUGGCGGAGAUGCCCUGGCUCGCGGACCACGCCAUCGAGGGCAAGGUCAUCUUUCCCGCCGCGGGCUAUCUCGCCAUGGCCAUGGAGGCGGCGGCGCGGCUGGUGCCCGAGUGGUCCGCCGACUGGUCUGCCGGCCACAUCCAGUCCCUGGCGCUGGCCGACGUCUCGGUCAAGUCGCCCAUUGUCGUGAGCGAGCAGGACGUGGGCACCGAGGUCCUGCUCGAGCUGUCCCCCGUCGUCGAGUCGGCCAAGACGACGUCGUCGGCGUGGAGCCACUUUGCCGUCUUCUCCAUCGAUGAGGCGGGCCACCAGCGUGAGCACUGCACCGGCACGGUCAAGGUGGACGUGGGGAGCCCACGACCCGUCCGGGAGAGGGAGGAGGAAGAGCGAGGGGCGGCCACCACCUUUCGCUCCGUCCCCAGCGAGCAGUACUACCAUGGCCUGCACGCCAUGGGGCUGCACUACGGCCACACCUUUCGCCUUGUCGCCGGACACGUCGAGAGCGGGCCGAGCAACGCCGUGGCCUCGCUCGCCUGGCAGCCCUCGCUCUUCUCCCAGGAGGAGAAUGACCGCUGCAUCGCCCACCCAGCCUUCCUCGACGCGGCCCUGCACCCCGUCUUCGCCUCCAUCGAGGGUCACCUGGGCAGGACCCUGUCAGAGCCCUACGUCCCGACCUUUGUGCGGUCCAUCGAGGUCUCGGGCCUGCUGGGCGCGUGCAUGGCCUCGCCCACGGGCUUUGCGGCGCGCGUCUCGGCCAGGACGAGCGUGGCCGGGCCCCGGACGGCGACGAACCAGGUCCAGAUUCGAGGGCCCGAGGGCGAGAUGCUCGUCGACAUGCAGGGUCUCGAGCUGACCAGCAUUGGAGGCGGCCACCGAUCGCUUGACACCGCGGGCCGCUCUCUCUUCUUCGGCACGCGGUGGCAGGCCAUGUUCAGCGCCGUGGGCGGCGUCCGGCACGACCUCCAUGUCGACACGGUGGCCGCGCUGGUCCAGCUGUACGUCCACCAGUUCCCCAACAAGCGCAUCCUACACCGGAGCGCGUCCGCCUCGUCGACCGCCGAGCUCCUCACGUCGCUGCGCGGCGGCGAGGGUCAGCGCCGCAACUUUGCCCGCCUUGUCAUCGCGCCCGUGGCCCCCGCGACGGCCAGCACGUUUAGUGGCAUGGCCCGCGACUGGGGCCAUCUCGUCCACGUGGCUGUCGACCCCCAGGAGCUCGAGGCGGACACGUUCGACUUGGUGGUCGCGAGUGGUGGUCUCGACACGCAAGACCACCUGGGCGACGAGGGUUACCUCGUCGUCCAAGGCGCCCACGAUGACUCCAUCAUGCCCCCCGGGUACACCUCUCUCCUGUCGAUGAACAAUAUCCGUCUCUGGGAGAAGAAGAAGAAGAGGGAGAAGCGGCCCAGCACCAACGGGAAGCACGCGCGCCCCCUGACGCUGGUCAUGCCGAGCCGCGUCACGCGCGAGGUGGAGGAACUCGCCUCGGCUCUCGAAGCUCGAGUCCAGGACCAGGACCAGGACCAGGAGACAUGCCACCCUGUCGAGCGCCAGAGCUUCACUGCUCUCAAGGACAUGGACACCCUGGGCGGCCGCGACGUCAUCAUUCUCGCGAGCCUAGGGGACGACCUCUUCUGGGACCAGGCCCGGGCCCCGGCCGAGUUUGAGGCGGCGCAGGCGCUGCUGACCCAGAGCCAGACCCAGACCCAAACCCAAACCGACGGGGCGCGCAACAUUGUCUGGCUCACGCGCGGCGCCCUUGUGGACGUGACGUGCGCCGAGCCCGCCCUGGUCCUGGGGCUGGCUCGCUCGGCGCGCAGCGAGAACCCGGACCUGCGCCUCGUCCUCGUCGACGUGGGCCCCGACGCGACGGCGGCGCGCUCGAGCGAGGUGGCCCUGGCCCUGCUGCGGGACACGGACGUCCGGGAGAACGAGGUGGCGGAUCGGCACGGUCUCCUCCACAUCCCUCGCGUCGUGGCCAACGACGAGCUCAACGCCAAGCUACCCAACGGCGUCGGCGCAGGGCCCACGAUGCAGCCGCUGUACCAGGCGGGGGACCGUCCGCUCGCCCUGCGCAUCGGCCAGCCGGGCCUGCUCGAGACGCUGGUCUUUGCCGAAGACGACGACGACGACGACGACGACGACGAGGGGGGGGAGGAGGAGCAGCAGCGGUCGCCGACGCUGGGCGAGGACGAGCUCGAGCUCGAGGUCAAGGCGUCGGCCAUCAACUUUCGCGACGUGGCCGCCAGCAUGGGCAUGAUUGACGACUUUCGGCUGGGCGACGAGUGCGCGGGCGUCGUCGUCCGCAAGGGCGCCGGCGUGCCCGACGACGCCUUUGCCCUGGGCGACCGCGUCGUCGCCUGGCGUCCCGGUCAGGGGGCGCAUCGCACGCGGGUCCGCAACCCGGCGUCGCUCUGCUACCGGCUGACGGGAGCGAUGCCCUGGAGCGUCGCGGCCGCCAUCCCCCUGGUGCUCACGACGGCGCGCUACGCCCUCGUCGACACGGCGCGCCUCCAGCCCGGCGAGACGGUGCUCAUCCACGCGGCGGCCGGGGGCGUCGGCCAGAUGGCCGUCCAGCUCGCGCAGCGCGUGGGCGCGCACAUCAUCGCCACCGUGGGCUCGCCCGCCAAGCGCGCGCUGCUCGUGGACCGGUACGGGCUCGACGACGCCCGCAUCCUGUCGUCCCGCGACGACUCGUUCGUCCGGGGCGUCGGGCGGCUCACGGGCGGGCGCGGCGUCGACGUCGUCCUCAACUCCCUCGCGGGGCCCCUGAUGCAGGCCACCUGGCAGUGCCUCGCGCCCUUUGGCCGCUUCGUCGAGAUUGGCAAGCGGGACAUUCACCAGAACAGCCGGCUCCCCAUGGACCCCUUUCGGCGCAACGUGUCCUUUGCCAGCGUCGACAUGAUCACCGUCUUUGAGAGGAACAAGCCCCUGGGCGCGCGCGUCCUCCGCGAGUGCUGCGCCCUCGUCCACGACGGCGCCAUCCAGCCCCCGUUCCCCAUCCUCGAGCUGUCCUACGCCGAGGCGCAGAGGGGGUUCCGCAUGAUGCAGAUGGGCACCACCAUGGGCAAGAUUGUGCUGGUCCCCGGGCCCGACGACCAGGUCCCCGUCGAGCGCAGGAAGUUGGGGAGCCGCCUCGUGCGCCUCUUCCGCCCCGAGGCCACGUACCUCCUCGUCGGAGGGCUGGGCGGCCUCGGGCGGCGCCUCUGCGAGUGGCUCGUCCAGCGGGGCGCGCGCCGCCUCGCGUUCCUGUCUCGCUCGGGCGCCGACCGGCCGGACGCGCGCGAGACGGUCGAGUGGCUGCGCGCGCGCGCCGUCGAGGUGGCCGUCUUCCAGGGCGACGUGACGGACGCCGCGUUUGUGCGCCGCUCCGUGCAAACCCUGACCAGGGACGGACGCCUCGCCGGCGUCUUCCAGGCCGCCAUGGUCCUCCAGGACGCGCCUCUCGACCGCAUGGCCUUUGCGCAGUGGCAGCGCGGCCUCGACCCCAAGGUCCGUGGCACGCUCAACCUCCACAGGGCGACCGAGGACCUCGAGGGCCUCGAUUUCUUCGUCUGCUUCUCCUCCGUCUCGGCCGUGCUCGGGUCCAAGGGCCAGGCCAACUACGCGGCCGCCAACACGUACAUGGACGCCCUCUGCCGCUACCGCCGGGGCGUCGGCCUGCCGGGCACGACCAUGAACGUCGGCAUGAUCACGGGCAUCGGCGCCGUGUCCGAGGACGCCAAGCUGCAGACCUUGAUGGAGCGCAUCGGCUACGACGCCGUCCACGAGCGGGAGCUGUUUGCGCAGCUCGAGGCGGCCGUCGCGGGCGGUGUGUCCGCGGCGACGACCCUGGACACGUCCGCCGACGGCCUCGACGCGCACCAGACCAUCACGGGCGUCAACCUGCGACGGCCCGACUACUACUGGGCCACGGAGCCGCGCUUCGCCAACCUCUACGCCAACCACGACUUCUCCGCCGUGGGGUCCGGCCCCGGACAAGGUACGAGCAAGAGCCUGCUGGCGCAGCUGCGGGAGGCGCCAGACGAGGCGGCGCGCAACGACAUGCUCACCCGGGCGUUUCUGGACAAGAUGGCCGCCGUCCUCUCGGUCGAGCCGUCGACGCUGCAGCCCAGCCGGGGGCUCGCCGACUACGGCCUCGACAGCAUCGUCGCCAUCGAGGUCCGCCAGUGGGUGUUCCAGACCGUCGGCGUCGAGAUUGCCAUGUUCGACGUCCUGAACAGCCGCAGCAUCCAGGCCCUUGUGGACAAGAUGGCCGGCAUGCUGGUCCUGGGGGCGUCGAGCUCGUCCGCAGGCCCGUCGACCUCGACCUCAACCUCGACCUCGACCUCGGACACGGACACGGAAACGCGCCAGGCGGACACGACCAGCCACGCGGGCAAGGCCAGCCCCGUCACACUCCUGCCAGGCAUCACCACCGCAGCCGAGGACGUGCCCAUGUCCACGUUCCAGCAGCGCCUGUGGUUCAUGCACAACAUGGCCCACGACCCGUCCCUGCUCAACCUGCCUACCGUCCUCCACCUCCGGGGCCGACCGGACGCCGGCCGCGUCAGGCACGCCCUCGAGGAGAUGAGGCGCCGCAACGACAUUCUGCGCACGGCGUACCUCGAGGGCGACAUCAUGUCCCAGCAGGUUGUCAUGGACGACAGUCAGCUCUCACUCCCUCUCCUGGACGUCUCGGCCGCCGAGGACCCCCGCCAGGCCCUCGACGACCUGGUCCGCACCAUGAGGAGCCAGCCCCUGGCCAUCGAGGGCGGCCAGGUCAUGCGAGCGUCCCUCGUCACCCUGGCCGACACGGAGCACGCCCUCGUCCUCAUCUUCCACCACAUCUGCAUCGACAGGGGCAGCACGUCGUCCUUUAUGGAGCAGUUUACCCGUCUCUGCAGCAGCAGCAGCGACCACGACCUCGACGCCGUGCCGCGCCCGGCCGUCACGUACGGCCAGUUCAGCCGCUGGCACAAUGAGCGCCUGGCGUCGGCCGAGAUGCAGCCGAGCCUCGACUUUUGGAAGCGCCAGUUCCCCAGGCCUCCCGCGCCCAUGAAGCUGCUCCCCUUUGCGCGCGUGGCCUCUCGUCCCGCGCACGACGACUACAGGCGCCAGGUCCAUCGCGCCGCGCUGCCCGUCACGCGGCUGGGUCGCAUGAAGCGCAUCUGCGCGCGCGUCGGCGUGACACCCGCACAGUUCCUCAUGGCCGCCUUGCAGGCGUUCCUCUCGCGGUACAUGGACGACGGGCAGGAGGAGGACGGCCUGACCUUGCUCAUGGUGGACGGCAACCGGCCACACCCCGCCGUCAACGACACGCUGGGCUUCUUUGUCAACGUCGUGCCCGUUCGGUGCGCGUCCGCUGACAUGGACCUCGAGAGCCCCUUUGACGCCGUCCUGCAGCAGACAAGGGCGCGGGUGCUGGCGGCGCUCGCGCACGCGGCCCUCCCCUUUGACGCCAUUGUCGACGCCGUCGGGGUCGAGCGCACGUCGGCGCACUUCCCGCUCGGCCAGGUCAUUGUCAACUACCAGAUCCACGGCACCAUGCCCACCUAUCCGGCGGGCGACUUUGACGUGACCGAGGUUCGGGGCGACGACAUGCCCACGGCGUGCGAGCUGGGCCUCGAGGCCCUCGAGGAUCCCGCGACGGGCCUGCAGCUGCGACUCGAGUCGUCGAGCACCCUCUACCGGCCCGAGGACAUGGAGAGGUUCCUCGACAACCUUGUCGCCUUUCUGGGCAGCGCCAUCCGCGAUCACCGCCAGCCCGUGGCCGAGAUGGACCUCGUCGGCCCCAAGGAGCUCGCCCACCUCAGGGAGACCAUGUUCCACCUGGAGCACACCCCCAACCGCUGGCACCACCAGUCGGUCGCCGCGCGCAUCGUCGACGUGGCCCGCCGGCAGCCCUCGGCCGUGGCCGUCCAAGCCUCGGACUCGCCCGACGCCCUCACGUACGAGGAGCUGGUCACCUCCGCCGGCCACGUGGCGGCUGCCAUCCAGAGCGCCGGCGUCUCGCGGGGCGCGCGCGUCGGCAUCCUCAGCCGCCCGGGCGUCGAGGCCGUCUGCGCCAUGGUCGGCGUCCUCCUCGCCGGCUGCGGCUUCGUGGCGCUGGAUCCCGAGUUCGCCCCCCAGCGUCUCGCGUUCAUGCUGUCCGACUCGGGGGCCGCCCUCGUCCUCGCCGGCUCGGGCAUGCAGGACGAGGCGCGGCAGCUCGCGGCCGCCGUCCCCGUCCCCGUCCCCGUCAGGCAUCUCGACUCUCUGGCCCCCGUGGCCGACCACGCGCCCGAGGUGCCGCCCACGGCCGACGACGGGCCCUUUUACGUGAUCUACACGUCCGGCAGCACCGGGGCCCCCAAGGGCGUCGUGCUGAGCCAGUCCAACACGCAGCAGAUGCUGUGCACGCUACACCACGACUUUGCCCUGGGCCCGGGCGAUCGCUUCCUCCACCACUCGUCCAUCGCCUUUGACCUCUGCAUUGUGCAGAUCUUCUCGGCCCUGACGGCCGGCGCCCGCGUCUGCGUGGCGUCCAGCGCCCUCCGCAGAGACCCCGUCGCCCUGGCCGAGUACAUGGCGGCGUCCCAGGUCUCGGUGACCUACUUCACGCCCACGCAGUUCGCCCUCCUCAUGGAGCACGCCCCCGCGACGCUGCGGCGCCUCGACAGCCUCCGCGUCGCCUACUUUGCGGGCGAGCGGCUCCCCGUGCGCGUCGCCCGGGCCUUUUACGACCUCGGCACGCCCGCCGUCGCCUACAACACGUGGAGUCCCAGCGAGCUCGUCGUGCAGACCACCAUCCAGCGGGUGGACGAGUCUACGUUGGAUGACACCGAGAACAUCCCCAUCGGCCUCCCCAUGGCCAACACGCGCCACUACAUCCUCGACCGGCGGGCCAAGCCGCUCCCUGCCGGCCUCGUCGGCGAGAUUGUCGUCGGCGGCGCCCAGGUCGCCCGCGAGCAGUACAUCAACCGGCCCGACCUCAACGAGGCCGUCUUCCUCCCGGACCCCUUCUGCUCCGACGAGGACAGGCAGCAGCGCGGCUGGGCGACCAUGUUCCGCACCGGCGACCGGGGGCGCUUCCUCCCCGGCGGGCGGCUCGAGUUCCACGGCCGCAUCGCCGGCGACAAGCAGAUCAAGCUGCGCGGGUACCGCGUCGACCUGGGCGAGAUUGAGCACCGCCUCUUUGUCGAGGCCAACAAGGAUCCGGCCGGCCCCGGCCUCGUCGACGUGGCGGUCGUGGCUCGUUUGAUCGCUGGGGGAGACAAGCCCAACCACCACCACCAUCACCACCACCAUGGCAGCGAGGACGCCGGUGACGCUCGUCAGCUCGUUGCCUUUGUCGCGCCAAAACAGCCGCUGCCUCUGGACCCCCAAGCCCAGUCCCGCUUGGCCGUCCGCCUCCAUCAGUACGGACAGGCGUUUCUCAACCCGUACAUGCUCCCCAGUGCCUACCAGCUUGUCACCGCGCUCCCCGUCACGCACGGCGGCAAGGUCGACCGGCAGCAGCUCCUGUACGGACGCGUCGACUUGACGUACCCGACGACGGUGACCCCGGAAGAAGCAGCGCCAGCCAAGGACACGCUGGUCGACGUUGUCACCGACGGCUUCCGCGCCGUGCUCAAGCUCGCGCCCGACCAGCCCAUUAGGCCUACCGACAGCUUCUUCGCGCUCGGCGGCAACAGCGUCAUGCUCAUCCGUCUCCAGGCUCGUCUCAAGCGCGCCCUCAAGCGCUCCGUCGCGCUCCAUCCCAUGUUCAAGUCGCCCACACCCCAUGGCAUCGCGCUCAUCAUCCGGGGGGAAUAUAGAGAGGCCGACAGCCCGCUCACCACCACCACCCUCCAGUGGGACCAAGAGACGGCCCUCGACGGGACACUGCAUCCCGCCGCUGUGCCCCCCAUCCAGGCCGCCGACGUCAGCUCCAUCCUGCUCACCGGCGCGGACAGCUUCAUCGGCGCCCACAUGCUCGCCACCAUCCUCCGGGACCCCGGAAUCUCCACCGUCCAUGUCCUCGGGGCGCAAAAGGUGCUCGACCACGUCGACCUGGAGACCGCCUUGACCCACUACCGUCUCUGGCCCCUGGUGCCCGGCGGUGGCGCCCAGACGGGCCUCGAGGGGCGCGUCGUCUGCGUCCCGGGGUCCCUGAUGCGGCCACGCUUCGGGCUCUCGCCGCCCCAGUUCCGUCGUCUCGGCGCGCGCGUCCAGGCCAUCUACCACCUCGGCAGCCACGUCUCGCUGCUCCAGCCCUACGAGGCCCUCCGCCCGCUCAACGUCGACCCCGUGCGCGACGUGGUCGACCUCGCUCGCCUGGGCACCGUCCAGACGCACAUCCACCACCUGUCCACCUGGUCCGUCCCCCACCUCCAGACAUGGUCCACCACGCACCGCACGCGGCCGCGCGAGACCCUCGCCGCCGAGGGCAGUGCGCGCCACUUCACGCCAGAGACCAGCAGCCGCUUCGGCUACUUCAAGUCGCGGUGGGUGGCCGAGCGUCUCAUGGAGGUGGCCGCCCAGCGGGGGUUCCCCGUCGCCAUCUACCGCGCCUCGGCGGCGACGGGGAGCACGGCCACGGGGGUGCCCGAGCCCAAGGACGACCUGAUCCGCACCAUGAUCCUCAGCAUGGUGCGAGCGGGCGCCAUCCCGUCACUCUCUUCCUCUUCGCUCACUACGGACGCCGGGCCGCCGUUUGUCGCCGAUUUCGUGCCCGUCGACCAUCUCACGCAGAGCUUCCACGCGCUGGCCAUGGCGAACGAUCCGACGCCACCCCAGCACAGGAGCACAGAGGCCGCCUUUUAUCACCUGAAUAACACGUCCCCAUUGCCCAUUGCGGAGCUGCCGCGUCUCGUGGGCGAGAUUCGCGGCCAGCCAGACCUUGCCGGCAAGGUCCUCCCCGUGUCCGAGUGGCUGGACGCCGUCGCCCGCACGGAUGAGUCUCCUGACGCACGGGUCCGAUGGGAGGCGUUGAGAGAAUACUUUGGCCUCGGCCAUUCCAUGUUUGCGCUGGACGCGAGCCGGACGCGCGACAGGCUGGUCUCCUUGGGCGUGGCCGACUGUCCACCGGUCGACGUCGAGUACCUGCGCGCGAUGCUCGAGAGCUCAUAG